GGUGAAACGGAAAGAGGGAGGCUGUGCAGUGCUACUGCGCAUGCGCACACCAGCGAAGUAACCCACGCUGACAAUGGCCGAGCUUGGUGAAGCAGACGAAGCGGAGUUACAGCGCCUGGUGGCCGCAGAGCAGCAGAAGGCGCAGUUCACCGCGCAGGUGCAUCACUUCAUGGAACUAUGUUGGGAUAAGUGUGUGGAGAAGCCAGGAAAUCGGCUGGACUCCCGCACUGAAAACUGCCUGUCUAGCUGUGUGGACCGCUUCAUUGACACUACUCUUGCCAUCACCAGUCGGUUUGCCCAGAUGGUACAGAAAGGAGGGCAGUAGACCAUACCAAAGAGUGACUGAAGAUCCAAAACUUUUUACUAGCAGAUUGAAUGGCUAGCGGAGAGAUGUCAAUGUGUUGAAUUUGCAUCAGGGAGUUACCAUGUCUGUGGGUGCUAAAAAGUAACAUCAAAUGUCCAAAAGUGAAAUUUAUUUAUUGGAAUUCAGUAAUUCCAGGUUGUAUCACACUGGUAAAUAAAUGUGAAGUCUCUAA